AUGAAUCGGAUGCUUGAUAGAAAGGAUGAAACAGAUGCAGAAGUUAAUUGGGAUGAUCAGUGCAAAAUCAAUACAUUUAGUCGGUUAAAUCAACGUUUACAGUAUAGAAAAGGGUAUUUGAAGGAGAAGAAACUUGAGAAAGAGAGUAUUGAAGAUAUAACGGAAGAACUUGAAUUAAUAGACGAAGAACGUUUUUUUUAUAAAAUAGGGGAUAUAUUUAUUAUGUUACCAAUAGAAGAAGUGAAAGAGAGAUUAGAAAAAAAUCAGAAUGAAGUUGAUAAAAAUGUUGAUGAAUUAGAAAAGGAAAUAUCAAAGUUAGAUUGUUAUAUGGAAGAAUUAAAAUCAGAUCUUUAUAAAAAAUUUGGAAAGGCAAUUAAUCUUGAAACCUGA